CGACAAUAAAGUUAUCUCUUCUGUUUUUAAGCAUAAAAAUUUACUGAUAUUAUACGACGCUAUUGGAACCUUGGCUGAUUCUGUUGGUCAUCAUUUAAAUAAACAAGAAUUCAUCGAGUUAUUAAUGCCUCCACUUAUUCAAAAAUGGAAUGAACUGAAAGAUGAGGACAAAGAUUUGUUUCCUUUACUUGAAUGUUUAUCAUCAGUUGCUACAGCUUUACAUUCCGGUUUUCUACCUUAUGCUGAACCUGUGUUUCAACGUUGUGUCUCGUUGGUUGAGAAAACUUUAGCACAGAGUUUGGUAAGUAUAUCUUAUUGUUAAGAAACUGUAGGAAUCCUUUAACCCAGGUAAAGUUUAUGAUGAAAUAGAUUCUGGAUUAGGAGACAAAUGUGUGAAGAAUGUUGUUUUUUGGAUUGGGGGCCUUGGUAUGGGACCAUGGCCCCAUUCGAAAAAACACAUUCUUCGCACAAAAUUUUGAGGACAUUUUUUUAUCUCGUUUCAGGCAAGUACGGCAAACCCUGGGCAAGUUGAAGCUCCAGAUAAAGACUUUAUGAUUGUUGCUUUAGAUUUAUUAAGUGGUUUAGCUGAAGGACUAGAAAAUAAUAUUGAACAAUUUGUAGUUCGCAGUAAUAUAUUAUCUCUCUUAUACCAAUGCAUGCAGGUAAGUCAGUCACACAUCUUAAUAAUAUGUAAUGAAUGAUCCCAAAACAAUGUUGCCGGUUGGCAAAUAUUGCAUAGUAAACUGAAACUAUGCAAUAUUAUUUUAAGCCUAUCGUCCAGCCACUCCGGCCUUUUGCAUCUCGAGACUCGAAUAAAAAAUAUUCUAUUUUCCAAUCUCUAUCAUGUACUAAUAUUAUUUGCCGACUAAUCAUUCAAAUGAAAAAUAACCCAAUGUUGGAAAGCUAAAUGGUUAAGACUCUAUGAAUGGAUCUUCCCACGCGAAGUGCGUAUAUAUAAUACCUGGGUUAAUUUGUUAAUUAAUACCUUCAAAAUUAACCAAUCGCAUAUCACCACGUGAUCCACUGGCUUCAUGCGGUCUGUAUACACUAUAAAAGACUGGAACGAGACUAAUACUGUUUUAAAGUGUGUCUUAAUAAAAAUCCAUUUUUAUUUUUUUUAACUUCUGUUCCAUUUAAUAUUUAUAUUUUUGACUAUUUAGGAUGAGAUGCCAGAGGUUCGUCAAAGUUCAUUUGCAUUGCUCGGAGAUCUUUCUAAAGCUUGUUUCAAACAUGUCAAACCAUGCAUCGGUAAGAAGCUGUUAGUACCAACUUUUCCUUAAGUUUAGGAAGCUGUACCAUGUCAAUGAAAGUUUCGUGUGUCUGCAAUUCCAACCUUUCCUUAUCUUUAAGAAGCUGUACCAUGUCAAUGAAAGUUUAGUGUGUCUGCAAUUCCAACUUUUCCUUAUCUUUAAGAAGCUGUAUCAUGUCAAUGAAAGUUUCGUGUGUCUGCAAUUCCAACUUUUCCUUAUCUUUAAGAAGCUGUACCAUGUCAAUGAAAAUUUAGUGUGUCUGCAAUUCCAACUUUUCCUUGUCUUUAAGAAGCUGUAUCAUGUCAAUGAAAGUUUAGUGUGUCUGUAAUUCCAACUUUUCCUUAUCUUUAAGAAGUUGUAUCAUGUCAAUGAAAGUUUAGUGUGUCUGCAAUUCCAACUUUUCCUUAUCUUUAAGAAGCUGUACCAUGUCAAUGAAAGUUUAGUGUGUCUGCAAUUCCAACUUUUCCUUAUCUUUAAGAAGUUGUACCAUGUCAAUGAAAGUUUCGUGUAUCUGCAAUUCCAACUUUUCCUUAUCUUUAAGAAACUGUAUCAUGUCAAUGAAAGUUUAGUGUGUCUGCAAUUCCAACUUUUCCUUAUCUUUAAGAAGCUGUACCAUGUCAAUGAAAGUUUAUAGUGUGUCUGCAAUUCCAACUUUUCCUUAUCUUUAAGAAACUGUACCAUGUCAAUGAAAGUUUAGUGUGUCUGCAAUUCCAGCUUUUCCUUGUCUUUAAGAAGUUGUACCAUGUCAAUGAAAGUUUCGUGUAUCUGCAAUUCCAACUUUUCCUUAUCUUUAAGGAACUGUAUCAUGUCAAUGAAAGUUUAGUGUGUCUGCAAUUCCAACUUUUCCUUAUCUUUAAGAAGCUGUACCAUGUCAAUGAAAGUUUAGUGUGUCUGUAAUUCCAACUUUUCCUUAUCUUUAAGAAGCUGUAUCAUGUCAAUGAAAGUUUAGUGUGUCUGCAAUUCCAACUUUUCCUUGUCUUUAAGAAGUUGUACCAUGUCAAUGAAAGUUUCGUGUAUCUGCAAUUCCAACUUUUCCUUAUCUUUAAGAAACUGUAUCAUGUCAAUGAAAGUUUAGUGUGUCUGCAAUUCCAACUUUUCCUUAUCUUUAAGAAGCUGUACCAUGUCAAUGAAAGUUUAGUGUGUCUGCAAUUCCAACUUUUCCUUAUCUUUAAGAAGCUGUACCAUGUCAAUGAAAGUUUAUAGUGUGUCUGCAAUUCCAACUUUUCCUUGUCUUUAAGAAGUUGUACCAUGUCAAUGAAAGUUUAGUGUGUUUGCAAUUCCAACUUUUCCUUAUCUUUAAGAAACUGUAUCAUGUCAAUGAAAGUUUAGUGUGUCUGCAAUUCCAACUUUUCCUUAUCUUUAAGAAGCUGUACCAUGUCAAUGAAAGUUUAGUGUGUCUGCAAUUCCAACUUUUCCUUAUCUUUAAGAAGCUGUACCAUGUCAAUGAAAGUUUAUAGUGUGUCUGCAAUUCCAACUUUUCCUUGUCUUUAAGAAGUUGUACCAUGUCAAUGAAAGUUUAGAAACAAAGUUUGCCAUCGCUUUAUAUUCGCUACGUGGGUUUGUUAGUAUGUUCGGAAUCAUAAGCCAUAUCGUCGUGCAUUUGUUGGGCGCAUGCUCCAGUGCACUAUACUGUAGCACUACAGUAUAUGUCUGGUUUUUAAUGCCUUCAAGCAUAAGAAAAUCUGAAAAUCAUAACGCUAGAACGUGCGCAUCAUUGCACAUGCAUAGAUCUGAUUUAAAUACAAAAUAAGACGUCAUAAUCAAUACGCUUGUGAUGUGAACAUCUAUACUAAAUAUCGAGAUUUUGUUCGCAUCUCACUCGAUUCAAUAAUAGUCGAAGGUCUUGUAGAUGGAAAUUAUCGAGUGGAAAUUUAUGUACUAUUUAAAGCACGAGUAGGAGUGUUUUAUCAGAUAUAACACGCGAAGCGCAGCCGAGCGUUUUAUAUCUGAUAAAACACUCCUACUCGUGUUUUAAAUAGUACUUAAAAUACGACUACAAAAGAAUACUAAUUAGGAUGAACCAUUAUAUAAUCAUGCUAAUUAGGAUGAACAAUUAUAUAAUGCCACAUGUGUUUUAUCAGAUAUAAAGUCACUCCACGUGACAUAUUAUGGCUGACAUGAUUUGCCACAAGGUUUAUGAAUUCUUAAUGAGUAUUUUAAAUACAUUUAUUAGACCUAACCAGGAAGAGCUACGAAACUACAGGUCCCUGGCAGGGAUCGAACCUGCGGCCCUGUGAUUCUGAUGCAGCACUUUAACCAACUGAGCUACAGAGGUCAGCUGUCGAGCUCUAGCAGGUUCGAUUCCUGCCAGGGACCUGUAUUUUUCGCAGCUGUUCCUGGUUAGGUCUGAUAAAUGUACAUAAAUUUCCACGCGAUAAUUUCCAUCUACAAGAUCCUUCAACAUCUAUACUAACCGUAUCAAAGAAACUAUUGUAAAUGGUGCAUGGAAACACGAGGAAUAUAUAAUUGCACUUUUAAUGUUUCUCUCCUAAAACCAGAAAAACGUCAUGUUUAUUUUCAGUGGACCUUAUGCCAGUUCUUGGACGAAAUUUAAAUCCGGAAUUCAUCUCGGUGUGUAACAAUGCGACCUGGGCUAUUGGUGAAAUAUCCAUACAGUUGGGUUAGUAUAAUUUUAUCUUCUAAUAAUAUACAUAAAAAAACCGUUAGCUAUAAUGUGAUAUAACAAAGCAGGAAGUCAUUUUCAGUGGACGGUUCGCUAUAAAUGUAAGUUGAAACUACAAUUGUCUCGAACAUUUUUAUGUAUAUUAUUAAUCCGUAAUACUAAUAGAACGGUUUCUUGUGAAAUUUGAAUAAAACAAGCAUUCGUAAGUUUUUCAAAGACCUCAAAUAGCACUCGUCCUUUGGACUCGUGCUAUUUUGAAGCUCUUUGAAAAACUCACUCGUGCAUGCUAUAUCCAAAUUGCAUUCGAAACCAUCCUAUUAGUAUUAGCUAUAUAUACUAAAAUACUUUCUUCUAACAGUCGGUUUUUACAAUCAUAAAUGAAAUAAAAAACAUUUUCCGUGUUCUAUACAGUUAUAGAAACACGCGUGGCAGUUUGGAAGAACGAGAAAUAAUCAAUGUAUAACUAACUCAAACUACCUGUAACUGUAUAGAAACACAGGAAAAAAUGUUUUCUAUUUCUUUUAUAAUAUAACUUAAGAAAAGUUUUUAUAUCGAUUAAUUUACAUAUUCUCAUUACCUCAGCAUAAAGUCCACUCGAUUGGUUGGCCGGCCUUUGCUCGUCAAUUUACUAUAAAAUAAUAGUCAAGUUCUUCUCUAUUCAAAAACUGAGAAUUCCCUUUCUGUCUUGUAAUUCCUUAAUUUGGUUGGCAAAACUAUUGUAUUUUUAAAUAUGUUAUUUUUCUUCUCAUUUUAGGAGAGGAAACGAAACCGUACGUUUCUCUUGUUCUUUCUUCAUUAAUCGACAUCAUUAAUCGAGCUCACACACCAAAAACACUCCUGGAAAACACAGGUAUACAUCGAAAGAUAUGUUCAGCUAUGUAAUUGAACGUUGCAUGAAAUGAUAAAUUUAUGUUGGGGUAUAAAUUAGAGACUUUCCUCUUCAUUAAUUCAAACCAACACAGUUAUACUGUGUUUUUCGUAUUUUUAUGUUGGUAGAACAAGUUAUCUUGAUAAAGCGUGUGUCAGGCUAUAAGCAUGCAUAUUGGCGAUAUUUUAGCUUAAUUUAGACUAUGUGUUCUCACAGUUACAUGUAUUAUCAAUUAUACAUCACAGAAUUUCGUCAAAAGUGGACCAGACGACCAGUUGAUUCACUUGACACUAUGUAUAUAUACUCAAUAUAUCCACGUUAAGCUUUUUUCAUCAUUGAGCUCCUGGUCACUUUGAGAAUAUGCACGAAUUUUAAUUCUGUAUACUCUUUAAUGAUACCUAUAACAGUUAGAUAUUGCUCGUGAAUUGGCUGGAUGAUCUUGAAAUCCAAUACGAGCUUGCAUGUAGUAGGUGUCGUGCUCAUAUUGCAUAUAAUGUACAUGAUUUCGAUAACAGGGUCUAUGAUACUGUACAAGUAGUCCAAUAAGUGAACUUCUAAGCUCUAUUAACUAACUCUAAGCUUCUGAAAUCGUAUUUGUGUUUUGUGUGUUUGUACUUACUGUAUUGUUUGUUUUCUUGUUUAGUUUGUUUUGUUUAACUUGUUUUCUUUUGGUAUUGUGUUUACUUUACGUCUUAGCAAUCACGAUCGGGAGAUUGGGUUUAGUUUGUCCUCAAGAAGUGGCUCCUAUGUUAGCGCACUUUGUCAGACCCUGGUGUGUAUUUCUUUUUCAUUUUAUUUAAUCUCAACCUUUUAUACUAACAUCCAUUUAUUUUCAAGGAUAUUUUUAAGUAAAAUUGCGGGGUCCAUUUAUAACUGCCUCAAUUUAAGUACAAUCCUAAUCUCCUCUCGUAUAUAAAUAGCUAAUACCAAGCUAAUACCGUUACAUGGUUAUACAUUUCUGAACUUUAACACCAAACCGAGCGAUAUUACCAUGUCAGGGAUAUUCCCCUGUCAACUCUACAGUAAUAGUCCAAGGAAGCAACAUGUUUAUUGUGAAUAACCACAUGCGAAACCCAUGUUCUGUAUGCUCUGAAUUUUACAUUCAAUGAAUAUUCCAUUGUCUUCCAGGAAUGAUUCGUUACUUACGUAGUUUGACCAUAUUCUAUCAGGAGUUUCUGUUUCAUUUAUUAAUAUUUGAUCUUCGUGUAAUGUAUAACCUAUAAUAAUAUUAUCAGUCGAUGAAGGCCAAGGGUUUAUAGCUUCAUCUUGCAGCAUGAUAACGAUAUAUUCUUCGCCACCCUUUGUUUGUUCGUAGUUAUCAAUUGCCCCUAUUAGUGAUCACACUUACAGCAAUUUUACGAAAAUUAUCCGAAUUAUUUGUAACCGCUUUCCAACCUCACUCCCGAAUGUCUGAUCAGUGAUGGGACACAAAUAAUAGAUACGCAGUCAUUUAGUAGACUCCCUGAAUUCAAACUUGUACGCUAUAGGGCAUGAUAGUUUAUCUAGUCAAGGCAGCGUUGGUCAAACCAACUGUUUCACUACCAUCCUUAUUCCUUUCUCUUAAGGUUAUAAAACCUUAAAUCGAUUUGAUUUUGUGACGUUUACUCCUAAUGUAUGCCACAUCACUGGAAGUCUUCGGAUUGUCAUUCCUUCCGUGUUUUGUGUUUGAAAAUGUUGUGCGAUCUUGCAAAAUUUCUCCUAAUAACGUGAUCAUUUUCCAGGUGUACAUCAUUGCGUAAUAUCCGUGAUAACGAAGAGAAGGAUUCAGCAUUUCGUGGCAUUUGCAACAUGAUCAAUGUUAACCCUGGUGGCGUAGCUCAGGUAACAUUGUGCAUCUUGUUAAUAUAUUGCAAAUGGUUGUAUAGGUGCCACUGAUCUCUACAUAAAACGUCUUACUGUAUUUUGAUCUGUAUUAGCAACGAGGUUUGCAAAGCUACUUUUAUUUUAUCCCAAUGUUCAGUUGUGUUAACCAUCAUUUUACGCCUAUAUUUUAGGAUUUCAUAUUCUUCUGUGAUGCGGUCGCGUCGUGGAUAAGUCCAAAACCUGAUUUGAAGGAAACAUUUCAUAAGGUUUGUUCUCUAGACAGGGCUUUAGAUUUCCAUUCUUCGCAAUGUUAAACACUACUACGCCGACAUUAAAUACUCGCGCUGGGGCUCUAUCUGGCACCUUCAAAGGGAUCGUAGCAGGCAUGUGUUUGGUUUCCUGUUGGUGGAACGAGACUGGGAUUACCAUACUAAGUUAGAUCAAUCUAAAGCUCAAUACUGCUGUGUCUGUGAAAUGUGAAGUUUAAUGCCUAAGUUGCCUGGAUUCACUGCUUUUAUCAUUUCAUCACGUCUGAUGCCAUUUUACCCUAUUUGGGAUCAGAAAAUUUAAGUAGGGCAACCACUUGAACAUACAUGUAAAUGGUUAACUAAACUACAGUAUGUAUCGUUCUAACCAUUAGGAUAAUGAAUUAUCCUGUAUCAUUCUGUGUCCAACAAAUAUCGGGCAUGCAUAUCUCGUCAAAGGACGUUAAUGCGCUGAGAAUUAAUUUUUGUUGCACAACGUGACGAAACCUGACAAUAACCAAAAUAAAUUUAUAUAGUAGACAUCGUGCAGUUAAAAGUUACAUUGAGGUGUCGUGACGAGAAAUUUUGUUGUGUUGUUAGAUACUUCAUGGUUUUAAGUCUGAAGUUGGAGCUGAAAGUUGGAAGAAAUUCUUUGAUCAGUUUCCGCCUCCUCUUCAGCAACGACUGAGUGAUGGCUACGGUCUUUAGGCAACCAGGGAAUUGCAUGCAGGGGGUAAGUGUGUGAUCUAGUGAGCUCCAUGUAGAACUGGAGUGAGAACUCGAGUCCAAAAAGUGAAGCCAAAGAUGGAGCUUAUUGGACGUCAGUUUCAGUCCCUUUCUAUUGUUUUCUCUGCCAGGAAAUUUCGUAUUUUGACUUCGAAUUGGAAUUAGCUGGGGAAAAUGGUUUUAGAAUUGUUAAAACAUCUUCAUAGCUAGGCCAAAAAAAAUGUGGUUUCCCGACCCUACCUAGCUUUUGGACGUCGAAAUCCCGACCCUAAACUUUUUUAUUGGAUCAUGCUUGUAAGUGUUUCCACGACACUUAGAGGAAAAAGUUUGUGGAAAAUUGAAAUUUGAGGCAAUAUUAGGGAAAUUUAUCUUUGGAUGUGGAAGUAUGGUGGAAGCACUGACUAAACAAAAUGGCGUCCGGUUGUUAGGAAAAUUUAAAAAAAAAGUUAAAACCGACCUACCCUACCUAAGUUUUUAUAAUAAGAAACCGGAAACCCACAUAUUUUUUUUCCGCCACCUUGGCUUCACUUUUCUUAGGGCGAUACUAGAGAUCUCACUGGGUGAUCUCAUUCCUAUUACAGCAUGGUAGUUUGUCAAAACCCUUGUGACGUCAUUUUGGGAAAGUCAUUUCCCAGACGUGCAAUGGACAAUUGUUCUAAUGCUUGCAUUUUCUUUAGGGACCGAGAUUGGUGGAAGGGGGAUGUUCAGUCCCCACUCUACCCUCGCUGGGGGUACAUACCGGGUGCAUGGGGGUACUUCUGUGAGUUUACGUGUUCACACUUGUCCCGUAAUCUGUCGUGUGACGUCUGUGACGUGUCAUGUCACGUGAUUCAACGUAGCAAUAGACUAACGUAUGAAGAGUAGACUAAUGUAUCAACCAAUAUAAUAACGCCGUUAUUUGGUGUUAAGUAAUUCUCAGAUACCCAGUCAUGCGUGGUUAAUGUGCCUUAGAUUUCCCCCACCGUUGUGAUACUGCAUUUCGCAUGUGGUUGAAUUUACCCAGUGGAUUAAUUACCAUUUAGCAAAAUUAAGCAUUUAGCCUUCUUUCGCCGAUACUUGAAAAAUUGUAUCAAUAAAAUGUGUUUAAGCAUUCUCAUAAAGUGAUCUAUUUUUAAUGUAUUGUAAAAUAUACCAAUUGACGUGGAUGUCAUAGAGUAAAAUAAAAAGAAAAUACUGGGAAAUCGUAAGUCACAUAGUUAACUGCUCUUGAUUGUGUACCGGAGGUCUAAGAAUAUGAUCUAAACAUUUGUUGCUGUGUAUGGCAAAACGUAGUAAAUGUCAAUUUCUAAUUUAUAGUAAAUUAUAAUAGUGCUGCUAGAUUUAUAUAGUCCCUAGAAUUUCAUAACUGGGGUCAUAAGUUUCUAUAAAUUAUAAUUAUAUUGCAGUAAAUUCAUCUUUCUAGUAAUAACUCGUAACACUUUUAUAACAAUGUACAUCAGGUUUUUACUUCGUACAUUUUAAGGAUUUUGUAAGCAACUUAAGGUUUUGAUGCAAUGUAAACUUUGUUUGCAUGAUUCAAAGUACAAACGUUUUUGCCACAUGCCAGUUGGAAGAUGCCCAUCCCGUGGUAAACAGUGACCGGACACUAGGGUGGACGAAGAUGGAUUGCUCCUCAGUGUUUCUGAAAGACAGCCGAUUGACUGAAUAGUCAAGUUAUAACGAGGUUUUCUCAACCAUGAACUCUGAUAAGGUUUAGUUAUUAAUUUAAACAAACUAGCAAAUUUUAACUUUUAGCCAAAACAGUUCGAGGACUGAAAUUUGUAGUAAUAUGUCGUGAUGUGUCCGGCAUUGUGUGUGAUCACCAAAGGGCUUGUUUAUAUUAUCCCGGCUAGGUGGGACGGGCGUUUAUUUCUUACUGGGCCUGGAAGCUCUCCUAGGCGAAAGGGUUAAACCAGUUAAGUCCUUGACGCUAUUUUUGUGGACAAAAGAUAUAGAUAACGCACGCUCAGAAGGCAUUCUCAUCCAGAUUGGCCGGAUGGCGAAUUUCCCGUCCCGACGCGAUAUGCCAGGUCCGCCUAUAUAGACGGGCAUCGGACAUCCUACAACUGGCCCCAUAUAGCUAUAGUCGACAUUUUCAGUUAUUUUAACAGGUAUAUCGUUCUUAUCAAUUUCAUUUCUAAAUAAACCAAUCACACCGCCUCCUACUUUAGUCACAUGAUACGUGAAGUCUGGAUUGAGAUUUGACCGUGCCCUAGUACCGCCUGUAAAAAGUUUGACUUUUUUUAAACUGACUGUUCUAACUUGAAAUUUGACCUACUCCUGGUUACUUCAACCAUCAGAAUUUUGACUUCAAAACCUAUCUGAAAAGACAAAACAAAUAUAGAAAAACACUUUGAGCAAUGUGACGGACUGGUCGUAAAAUUGUAUUCAGCUGGAUUUGCUCAGUCAGGACUUUGCGGGCCAUCGCACUCGAUAGAACUAUAAUUGUUGAAGUGUUUCUAUGUACGAAAACCCCUUCAACAAUCAGUCCUUCAUUCUCUGCAUUUCGAUUUAUCUGUUUUAUAACUGCAGGACUGUCGUGCCAUAGCUAUAUUCGUGGUAAUUUUUCAAUGAUAAAAACCUAAGAAAUUAUAAUUAAUAUCAAGAAUAAUAUACCCACUUUAGCUUGUCUGUCAUUCUCGUAAUCUGUAUGUAAUAUAUUGUGAAGGUGAAUGAAUAAUUAAAUUAUGUGUC